GCCUCUCCAGCUCUCUCAGUUGUACCUUGAAAUAUUUACAUACCCAAUACCUAAGCCUUAUCUUCUAGAUCUAAUGAUGUGCAUAUCAACCCGGCCACCAUGAACGGCGUAAUAGAGGCGCUGCACAUCUACGAUGAGCAUAAUCGUGCGAUACUCUCUCAUACCUAUACCUCACGUCCUCUUUCGGCCGCCGUCCUUCUUCCCCUGUAUCUCGAACAUCCGGCUCCGAGACCCAACUUAAUAUACCUACCCAAUACUAACCCUCCGACCCUUGUGUUUAGUCUUAUACAUGCAAAUAUACUUUACUUGGCCACUUCUUCUUCUGAGAUAGAGCCUCUUCUCGUCCUCGAGUUCCUCCAUCGCAUAAUCGACGCUCUUGAAGAGUUCCUCGGCGCGCCAGUCCUGGCGCAUAAGAUCGAAGCAAAUUACGAUGUCGUUGCUCAACUUCUUACUGAGAUGUGCGAUGCCGGUACUGUUAGCACUACAGAACCAAACGCAUUGAGGGAUGUGGUCGAAGUGGAAGGUUUACUAGGGAAGCUAUUAGGUAGCAUUAAUCUGCCUGGUAAAUCCCCUAGUAACUCGAGCACGCCGUCCCUCAUAACCAAUAUUUCGCCAGCUCUUCCCUGGAGGCGAGCGAAUGUGCGACAUACAUCAAAUGAGCUCUACGCCGAUAUUGUAGAGACGCUGUCUGUUACUCUUGCACCAUCUGGUAGGCCAAUCGCUGCAUAUGCGAAUGGUACUAUUGCGUUUACAUCUAAGGUAUCCGGCGUCCCAGAUAUCCUCAUAAAUAUCACUGGGCCCUCAGGGAAGCAUAACCUGAACAGCGUUAUGGAGCUACCAGUCUUCCACCCAUGUGUACGAUUAAACAGAUGGAAGGAGAAUCCGGGAGAACUGAGCUUCAUACCUCCGGAUGGACGCUUCAUCCUCGCAGGCUAUGAAGUGGAUUUACUACCCUUCACCAACGGAAAGAGUGGGAAUUUGAGUUCAAACAGCCUAAGACUUCCAGUAAAUAUCGAGGUCAAAACCGGGUUGGGAUCAACCGGUUCAGACUUUGAAGUUCGGCUUAAUAUCAACAAGAACUUUGGGUCUUCUAGUUCUUCAAUAUCAGGGUUAUCCGGUAGAGGCGGCGGCCCAGGUAACAGAGGAUUCGGAGGACCACACCCAGGCUCGGCUGGCGCGCCACUAUUGCAAGACCUUAUCGUCUCGGUGCCGCUACCUUCGGAAGUUAGGAACCUUUCAGAUAUUCGACCGAGUAAAGGAGACGCUAGUUUUAAUGCAGGAGAUAGGGUAUUGGAAUGGCAUAUACCCACAAAGGAGCUUUCCACCGGGACAUCUUACUAUGGCCUUCGAUGCUCAGUCCAGGGUCCAUUAACUGAAGAUCAAGAGGAUACCGAUCCUAAUGGGUUCGGUUUCGGCAAGGACUAUACUUACGACGAGCCAUAUCAAAGCAAUGUCAAUGAGAAGCCCAAAAAUGGCGAGGGAAGCUCGGACAGUGAAAAGGACGCCAAAAGAAUUGCCCAGAACAAGAUCCUCAUGCCAAGCUCUGCGUCUGUUAGCUUCUCCGUCAAGGGGUGGCUAUCAAGUGGAAUCAAGGUCGAGAGCAUCCUCAUCGACCCGAGAAAGAGUCGAGGUCUCGGCGAAGGAAUAAAACCGUAUAAGGGUGUAAAGUAUCUUACUAUUAGUAAGGGGGGCGUUGAGACUAGAUGUUAAAGGGUACGUAGGGCAUAUUAACGGUUACAUUUGGAGUCCCACUAUCCAGUUAUUGCUCCAACAAUGCAUUGCAUGAUUGCAUGAUCGGCGUUUUGGUGUGCAUGCUGACAGGCUGAGGAGCUACAAGACAUCACUACGCAUAGAUCAGCAGGGCGUCAAGCUAGGUGCUAUUGGAUGAUUAGGUAUCUCUAUUCCCUUAAGAUUAUACCGGACUUUAGCAAAUCCUCAAAUAGAAAAACGGGGAAGUAUCACGACGACUACUCUGCCGCUGAAGUUUAUAUUUAACCUAGUGAAAUUGUUUUAACGGAUAUCUUCGGGUGUAUAUAACCUACGAGGUAGAUACAUGGUACAUGUACUAAGCUAGAUCCGGGGAAGAAUGUGGGGAACCUAAGGACCUUGGCAAUUGCGGGCAGCUUCCAUACCUAGCAUCUGUCGAACAAGGGCCGAGGUAGCUGAAGGUACCUAAGGUAUGUACCUCAAU